AUAACCUAGCUUUCUAUGCCAAUGGUCACCGGUUGCUCCGGCCCCCAAAUAAGCCGCAGAGGGAAGUCAGAAACCGAGUUGCGCACCCCGUUGUCGGAGUCCCCCGAUCUCCGGUUCCGGACUUCCUGAAUCGGAAGUGGGAGAUGGCUUCCAGAAGGAAGCCGCUGUCGAUAAAGACGGGGAGAGAGAACUCUGGAAGUGGAGUAGGGGAAAAGGAGGGAGGUGAAGGGAACGGGGCGCGGAACGGCGAGAUAACGGAAGAGGAGGAGGAGGAGGAGCCGAUGAGCCCGGCGGGAAGGCUAUUCCUCCAGCCCCGCUUUAACUGCCACAUCGUGUCCGUUAUCGGGUGCGGCAAACGGAUGGACGUUGACGCCGUCAAGGCCGGCCUGGAGGCCUCACUCGCUCGGCACCCCCGCUUUUCCAGCAUCCAGGUACCGGUCUCGGACGAGAAGAAGCUGAGAUGGGUCCGGACCAAGGUGAACGUGGAAGACCACGUUAUCGUCCCUGACCUGGACCCAGACGCCGCCUCCGUCAAUCCGGACAAGGUGGUGGAGGACUACGUAGCCGCCCUCUCCGGCGCCCCCAUGGACCACUCCCGGCCCCUCUGGGAGCUUCACAUCCUCAACGUCGCCACCGCCGAGGCCGCAGCCGUCGCCGUUCUCCGCGUCCACCACUCUCUCGGCGACGGCAUCUCCCUCAUGUCCCUCCUCCUCGCCUGCACUCGCCAAUGCUCCGAACCCGACUGCCUCCCCUCCAUCCCUGAUGCCCGCCGCUCCACCUCCGCCGCCGCCAACUCCCGGUCAGGCCUCCUCGCGCUCCUCCUCUGGAUCUGGGCCGAUUUGGUCCUUGCAUGGCACACUCUCGUGGAUGCGAUCAUCUUCGCCGCCACCCUCGCCUUCGUGAAGGACACCCGGACACCGCUGAUGGGCAUGGAAGGUGUCGAGUUCCAUCCGAAACGGUUCGUGCAUCGCACCGUGAGCCUCGACGACAUCAAGGAUAUCAAGAAGGCCAUGAAUUGUACUGUAAAUGAUGUACUUGUGGGGAUUACGUCGGCAGGACUCUCUCGAUAUCUUGAUAGGAGAUACGGUGAGGGUGAUGAUAUGAAGAAGAAGGAGAAGAAGGGAUUGCCAGGGAACAUCCGACUGAGAACAGCGCUGCUCGUUAACAUUCGACGGACGCCAGGAAUCCAUGCUUUGGCUGAGAUGAUGGAGAAAGGAAAAGGUGGGGCCAAGUGGGGGAAUAAGCUGGGUUACAUGGUUCUCCGGUUUCCUAUUGCCGUCUUCGAGGAUCCUCUAGAGUAUAUUCGGAGGGGAAAGGCAAUUGCAGAAAGGAAGAAGAACUCUUUGGAAGCAGUCUUCACGUAUUGGAGUGCUUGGGUGAUUGUUAAAAUCUUUGGUAUAAAGGCAGCAGCUGCCCUGUGUUACAGAAUGGUUAUUCACACGACACUAUCGUUCUCAAAUAUCAUUGGUCCAGUAGAAAAGAUUGGGUUUUAUGGCCAUCCAGUGGUCUACAUUGCUCCCAGUGUUUAUGGGCACCCUCAUGCCCUCACUCUUCAUUUCCAAAGUUACAUGAACACAAUGAAGAUAGUUCUAGCAGUUGAUGAGUUGACUAUACCAAAUCCUAACCAGCUGUUGGAUGACUUGGCUGAAUCCCUCAGACUCAUAAAGGAUGCAAUUGCAAGAUCAUAGAAGACAAAGUUAAUCUUCUGAGAUCAGUAGUCUUCAGAUGGACGUACACCAACAUGAGCAGGCUUGUAAAAUUUUCACUCCGUUAUUGGUUUUGUAAUCAACCAAUGGUCAUGAAUUUAUAGAACCUUCACAAUUAUGCAGCAAAGGUACAAAAUGAACUUACAAAAGAUUUAUUAUGGUUUUAUGCCUUU